AUUUCAUAAUUUCCUCAUUUUGUUGUUACAUGGAGUGAAGAGAACUGACAUGCUGUCCAAUAAACUUCCUUGUCCUCCUUCUGCAAGAAAGGAAAUCCUGACUUAAUGUGUAGCCACAGAACAAGUUAAUAUUCUACAUCUAUCAGAGCUGAACUUCCUAAAAGACAAAGUGUUUAUCUUUCAAGAUUCAUUCUCCCUGAAUCUUACCAACAAAACACUCCUGAGGAGAAAGAAAGAGAGGGAGGGAGAGAAAAAGAGAGAGAGAGAAACAAAAAACCAAAGAGAGAGAAAAAAUGAAUUCAUCUAAAUCAUCUGAAUCACAAUGCACAGAGAGAGGAUGCUUCUCUUCCCAAAUGUUCUUAUGGACUGUUGCUGGGAUCCCCAUCCUAUUUCUCAGUGCCUGUUUCAUCACCAGAUGUGUUGUGACAUAUCGCAUCUUUCAAACCUGUGAUGAGAAAAAGUUUCAGCUACCUGAGAAUUUCACAGAGCUCUCCUGCUACAAUUAUGGAUCAGCUCUUGUCCUCUGUCUCUUGCGUCAGCGCCUGGGUGGCUUGCCGCCCACAUCUAACCCAUCUAUAUACUACAGUAUGGAGAUUCGAUUGAGGAUACAUUGUUUAGGUUCAGUCAAGAAUUGUUGUCCAUUGAACUGGGAAUAUUUUCAAUCCAGCUGCUACUUCUUUUCUACUGACACCAUUUCCUGGGCGUUAAGUUUAAAGAACUGCUCAGCCAUGGGGGCUCACCUGGUGGUUAUCAACUCACAGGAGGAGCAGGAAUUCCUUUCCUACAAGAAACCUAAAAUGAGAGAGUUUUUUAUUGGACUGUCAGACCAGGUUGUCGAGGGUCAGUGGCAAUGGGUGGACGGCACACCUUUGACAAAGUCUCUGAGCUUCUGGGAUGUAGGGGAGCCCAACAACAUAGCUACCCUGGAGGACUGUGCCACCAUGAGAGACUCUUCAAACCCAAGGCAAAAUUGGAAUGAUGUAACCUGUUUCCUCAAUUAUUUUCGGAUUUGUGAAAUGGUAGGAAUAAAUCCUUUGAACAAAGGAAAAUCUCUUUAAGAACAGAAGGCACAACUCAAAUGUGUAAAGAAGGAAGAACAAGAACAUGGCCACACCCAUCGCCCCACACGAGAAAUUUGUGCGCUGAACUUCAAAGGACUUCAUAAGUAUUUGUUACUCUGAUAUAAAUAAAAAUAAGUAGUUUUAAAUGUUAUAAUUCA